CAGGGGCGGGGCCAUUUCCUGCCACGGCUCCGCCUUCAGAGGGUGUCUCAUCCGUUUUCAGUGAAUAAAUCGUCGCAGCUGUAGCGUACCGAACGUUCGCUUGUCUUCAUUCAACUACUGUAUUCAAACAGUUACAAUGUCAGUGAAGAGAAGAAAGUUCUUCGUUAAACUGAUGAAGCUUGUCGGCAAAGGAAAUCAAGUGCAUUCCUCGAAACCAUGCUUGACGCAAAUCUGUGAGGAGAGAAAAAAACAGCGACAGCGAACAUCACUAUCAUCGUCGCUAUGCUCCCAAAUUGAACCUAUGCCGACCAUAAUGGAAGAGGACGAACUCCUAUUCGACACUUUUGGGGAAUUCUCACGAAUUUAAGCUGUGCGUGUCACGAUUACGCGCACCAACUCACUAGUCUUCCCAUAAUUUCUCCUUUUUCCUCACGCUAUUUUCAUACGAAUGGCCUAUGAGAUGCUUUAAGGAGUCCACCAUAUACUGCAGUAGCUUUGAGGAGUCCACCAUAUACUGCAGUACUUUCAAAUCCUAGGUUCAUGCAAAGUCGCAUUGUGUAAUGCUUCACCGUAUCGUUAGUGAAGUCUCUAAUUAACUUGUCUCGAUCCUUUCCCUUUCUCUUUUUCUUCUCUUCUCGUCUGAGAUUUGACAAGUAUCUUCAUAAGUUAAUUCAACGUAUUUCCUUCAUGAGUUUGCUGUUAUUCAUUCUGUUCAGUUCGUUGAAUUCUUUUUUGUGAGAAGUUUCUUUGUGUAGACA